AUGUGGUCUGGUCUAAAGAGAUACCUGGUGCCCCUAUUGGUAGGCCGGGCCGCUUAUGGCCACAUACUCCCGAUUGAGACAUGUCAUGUGAUGGGUUACCAUUUCGCGACAGAGUGCAGCGUUCAAGUUGAAGAGGAGGGAGACAACUCUCACAUUCACUCCAAUUCAAGCCAAUGCCCGCUGCCUGCUGCUAGCUUACCUGCCUUCAAACUAUACCACAUCUCUAAGCCCAUGAUGGCAAAUCAGCAGGCCUACCAGCAGUAUGCACAGAAUGAAGGCUCCUUGGUCCCUGGUGGUUUUGCCCAUGUCUAUCUUGUCCGGACCCCCGCGCCAGUCUAUAACACGACACAUCAUGUCCUCAAGCGCAUUGCAGUCGCCAGUGAGUCAAUGUUGACGGAGGUGAAAAAGGAGGUGGAUAUCAUGCGAUUGUUAAAAGGACAUCCGAAUAUUGUGCACCUCAUCGAUGCAGCAUGGCACAAACUGCCGAAUGGUACGUUUGAGGUGUUCAUUCUCAUGGAGUAUUGUCCUGGUGGCGGAAUCAUCGAUAUGAUGAAUCGGCGUCUCCGCGAGCGCCUCACUGAAGCCGAAAUCCUGCAAAUCUUCGUGGACGUCUGUGAGGGUGUGGCCUACAUGCACAAUUCUCGGCCACCGCUGCUGCAUCGCGAUCUUAAAGUCGAAAAUAUUCUUCAAUCGUCUGCGACGUCGUUCAAGCUAUGCGAUUUUGGAUCAGCGACCACCGUUUCAAAUCCUCCUACGAACAUGCAAGAAAUACGGGCGUUGGAAGCGGACCUGAACAGGCACACGACCCUACAGUAUCGAGCUCCGGAGAUGAUCGAUGUCUAUUCCAAGCGACCAGUCAACGAGAAGAGUGAUGUAUGGGCGCUUGGUGUGCUCCUGUACAAGCUAUGCUACUACACAACACCAUUCGAAGAGCAUGGCCCUUUGGCCAUCCUUAAUGUUCAAUACCGCACCCCGCCCUAUCCUGUCUAUUCGCAGGACAUGAAUAUUCUGAUUGGGUCAAUGUUGCGUGAACAUGGUGCCCAACGGCCGUCCGUCUUUGAGUUGCUCGGUCAUGUUCAUCGCCUUCGAGGCACCAAAUCCAAAUUCACCUAUAACGUACCUGUUACUCCUCCACUCGCGCCCCGAAUGCAACAAAUCAAGCCUUCUAACCCUUUGGAUGGUCUGGUCACUUAUGGUGUUCCAUCCUCGAAGCCAGCAAUCGCGCCAUAUGAUCCUAAAUCAGGGUCAAAUGCUGCUGCCCCCGUCAACCAAGGUAUCCAAGCGCGCGACAAGGUCCUCGAAGCUAUUGCCCCCAUGAGGAGAGGAAGACCAGCUACGCAUUCAAGGGAACCCUCGUCGAGACCCCCUAGCCCGCCCAAGUCGCACCAAACAAGCCAGGUCGGGGCGACGAAAGGAUGGGCGGAUGGUGGAUUUGGACAAGAACAAGACAAAGUACGGCAGGCUGCUACCGAAAAGGCCGCUACGUCCACAAAGUCUUCGAAUGUUGACGAUGCAUGGAGUAUUGCAGAAUCGAGCAGCUCUCGACAAACAAAUGCAGAAAAGACGCGUCCCACAGGGUUCGGCGACGACUUUUCGGAGAAGCUGUGGAGCGCCUCCGAUCCUAAUUCAGCUCUACCGCCUCGUCUCAGCCCGCGACCCACCCAGAAGCCGAGUACGUUAAAACCAAAUGAUAUCCCAGUGCCCCCUCUGGCAUUCACAGGCUCCAGGAUGAUUCGACCGAAAGCGGACCGCCUGGCUCAGAAUAGGGAGAAGGACGCGUUCGAAGGAUUGGGCCUCAUGACUUCUACAACAAAACCAGCUCCAACACUGGGAGAAGCAAGGAAGCUGCGUACUGGACUGGCCAUCAUGAGUUCGCCGAUUCCAAGUGACUAUGUUCCUCGUUCUGGAGAAAAGGCUAAUGGCAUCACACCGCGUCCAACACCCUCUCCACGACCCACUUAUCUUUCUACUACACCAGUGCCGCCUAAAUCUGUAUCUCCUGUGCCGACUCCUGGGACCAACGCUCCCUCUUGGAAGCCACCUCAGUCAUCAGGACCCAGCCCAUCUUCUGCCAACACUGAGGGACUGCCGACUGAGUCCAGGUUUCCUUCUCUGGAGGAGCUGGACGCUCGCUUUCUACCAUCCUCUUUUUAUCCGUCUUCAGUCAACGACGCCAGCUCAAGGUACAGUCCCCAACCGUCGCGGCACCCAGACACGCGUUCGCAAAUUUCAAAACCCAGUAUCGCGAGUUCCGGGACUGGGGGCAAUCUUCUUAAGCCAAAUAUCAUCUCGAACGUUACUUAUUCUACAGAUGGCGUUCGCUCAGAGCAAGUCACUGGCGUUGCCAUGCGAGAACCCAAGGGCGCUCGAAAAGCUGAAGGCAACGUUGUCGACAGCAAAUCGACAGCUCCUAGUGGUUUAAGUGCGAUUCAGCAGAACAGCUUAGCGUCGGCUUCAAGAGAGUCGUCACUGGUGCCAAAGCCCAUGUCGGUGCGGAAGCAUCGAAGUUCGGUUACAAUGAAAUCCACCUCUACGAACUAUAGGAUGGAUGAAAUCGGCAUCGAGUCUUCCAAUCGUAACUUGGUACCCCCAAAGCUUCCACCGCGUUCUGGAGCCCAUUCUACGCCACAAGAUUGGUUAACAGGGGAGGACCACGAAGAGAUGAGAGUGCAUCUGCCAUCCGACGUACCCGUCCUGCGCGAUUCUCCCAGCAAACGAGCAUCCUUCUUCGAACAGAAAGAGGUCAAGAUUCCCUCGAGCUCUGUGGUUCAACAUGCACUCCCUGCAGAGCGUUUCGUCGAUGAACCAAAGACCGAAGAAAUCUCACCCACGGUCUCCAAGUUUGUGCGGAAUUUCCCUGCGCUCGAGAGGCUUGACACGCAGCAAACCCAUCAGUCGCCAUCUAGUGGACUUACGGACAAUUGGAGUCCAGUUUCAACUCGGAAAGACAGGGAUCUGGAGCCAGAUAUAUCGAGUGCUGAUGAAGGUCCUGAAGAGGCGAGCAGCGUGAGGCCGCCAGCGCAGAGACAAACACCCAGGAGGAAAGGAAGACAGAGCUCUGUACAUGAACUUGUUCACCAGUAUGGCGGUGGUGCGGGAUUAUCUUACAAGGACAAGGAGUCUGAGCGUCCUCUCGUCCCACAAGGCCUCGGCGAUUAUGUGCCCUCGCACAAGUCGCGGCCUACUGGCUUGGCACCUCCAGUCAAGCAAGAGUCAGACCGAAAGACACCUUCUCCGACACGCAUGGAUUUCAGCUCUUCGUUCGCCCCAAGUCGCUCUCCAAACCGUCAGCAAUCUUCCACGGCGGGGGUUCAGCGUCAGCCAGAGGCUCCUCCUAUGGUUGCCAAAUCACCUUCUUCUGGCUCUGGCCGCUCGCGCCCUCAGUCCAUGUUCGUCUUCCCUUCCAAAUCUACUGAUGCUGCUCCUGCGGUUCCUUCCACGAAUUUAGCUCCUCCUGAAGAACCGCGGCCACGGGCAGCUCGGCGAACGUCAAUAUCAGAUAUGGUUCAGCGGUAUGAGGCGAUUGGCGGCAAGGUGACGCCUGUUGCCUCAUUGGCCCCUCGACCACCUUCACCGCUUCACAGACCAGUGUCUGCCAAAGGAACUUCUUCUGCCAAUCUCGAGAAUGGGCGUACCAAGAUAUUCCAUGACCCGGUCAAGCCUGCUAAUUUGGCACUUUCUGCAUCGAGCGAGGCUUCAACGACUCGCUCAGCGCCGGGAUCCUCUAAAUCGCGAAUCAUAUCCAAGGAACCAGCGCGACAGACCACCCUCAACAGUAGUACCACUGGGAUGUCACGAACGGCAACGACACCCGGUAAACCGUUUUCUUCAGAGAAGGAGAGGCCUACCUUCUCAACAGACAACACCCCUCGCCCAAGAAGGAUAUCUGUCAAGGCUGAAUCUUCUGCGGCUUCGUCUGGUCGGCCGGAUAUCUUUUCUUCGAGGCCGACCCAAUCUCAGUCUUCGCAGGAGGCAGAUACACCUCGACCACCAAGAUCGCCGCAUAAACCUACUUUAUCCAUCAGCAACAACCCGCCGCCCUCAAAGGUGGAAGAUCCGUCACCAUCUCCUGAACGACCGUAUCAAGGAGUUGGGAGACUCAUCGAUCAGUGGCAGAAGAAGUCGGUCGAGGCAGAGCAGUCGCGGGCAGGACCCCCAGUUAAACGGACGAACAUACGGAAGACCAGCUUGGUCUAUGGAGAUAAAUGA